UGCAUCUCUCGACUGUUUAUAUUUGCUGGGCGGUCAUGGGCGAAGAUCACGCCAUCGCAUCUGGAUCAGAAUGGCGAGGAUAUUGGCAAUACAACCAUGACUCGGCAUUGUUUCAUCAUCUCAGACAUACAAUGACUAACUCCAUGUUCUUCUGUACUUCAUGAUGUCAUAUCGUUAGAAAAGGUUGUCUGGAUGAGAGCUUAUAUAUCCUAGUGCUCUAUCACUCAUUUUGGAAUAUACUGGGAAGCAAAAUAUUUCAUCAAGGAAAUAUAACGAAAGUUAUACCAUUACUUUUCGGUCUACUCUGGUAAUAUUCACCGGCGCUUGAAGGUAUAUAAUAAGGGUCUAUAUUUCUUUUAAGGUGAAAGAGAGUCGGAUGGUUUCGCUUAUGCCUUUCUACAGGAUCUAGGACUAUCCACACAAUUCUUCUGGAGUAGGCUGUUUCGUAAUGUCGGGGAACGAGAUAUCGCCUUCGAAUGAAGGCGUGGACCAACCCGACGCCGACGUCCAGUUCGUCAAGAUGAGGAGGAUCGAUUCCGAAGACAACAUCCGCGAGAGAGAUCGAGAAAUAGCUGAUAUUACAGGGGUAAAGUUCGUUGGAAUGAAACGGAUCGACUCAAGAGAAAACAUUCAGAAUGACCAAGCAUCCAAAAAGGGUUCAUCGGUGAUGUUUGCAUCGAUGGGUGAACCGACGAAUGACGGUUACGACUACGACGAUGACCGGGAUGUCGUGACGACCAAUCCGUACCUGAGAUACGGGGACAAGCCUGGCUUCCGGUAUAAACAAGGUCUCAAAUUACUUGCCCCGUUCAGAUUCAAGCCAUCUAAGGAGCAGUAUUCUCCUCUUGACUACGCUGGUUUUAUCUCAUUCUCCUGGCUGUCUUGGAUGUCACCCAUCUUCUACAAGGCUUAUAAAAGAUCUCUAGAGUACGUUGACCUUUGGACUAUCUCAGACUACGACAGGGGCGACUAUAACGGUGAUCGAUUAGAGAAGUACUGGCAGCGAGAAGUCGCCAAGAAAGGAGAAAAAGAUGUAUCGCUCGGUCGAGUAGCUCUUAGCUUCGUCGCGACAAGGCAAUUCAUCUCUAUCCUUCUACUCGUCAUAUCAACCUUAGCGUCAUUUGUAACCUCGGCAGUGUUCGUCCAGCUGCUGCUCGAAUACGUUGAAGACAUGAAUGACGACCGAUUAUGGUACGGCAUUGUCCUCGUCAUCUCUGUGUUCGCUCUCAACAUCAUUCGAAUCAUGAGCGAUGUCUUCUUCUGGUCGUUCAGCUGUCGCACAGCGACCCGUCUUCGCAGCGGAGUCCUAACGAUUGCUUUCCGGAGGUUGGCCAAUUUGAGGAGUUUGAAGGAUCAUAGCGUUGGAGAGAUCGUGAACAUAUGCGCCAACGACAGUCAACGUCUCUACGACGUAUGUCUGGUGGGUAACUAUAUCAUCUCGUCACUUGUCAUGCUCGUCGCAGCCCUUAUCGCUGUCCAGAUCAUCAUCGGUUAUGGCGCCCUCAUCGGUACCAUUAUUACAUAUUUAUUCUUCUUGCCGUUGACGACUGGCAUUGGUCGAAUCAUAUCUAAGAUUCGAAUGAAAUGCAUCAAGUUUGUUGAUCUUCGGGUUCAAAAAAUGAAUGAAAUCUUGACCUAUAUCAAGCUCAUCAAGAUGUACGCUUGGGAAUCGCCUUUCGGCAAGGCAAUACAAGCUAUUCGUGCCAAGGAGAGAGCGUUCUUGGAAAGAGCAGGUGUCCUUCAGAGUUUUAGUCUCUCCAUUAUUCCCGUCGUGCCGAGCCUCGCCGCUGUCAUCUCUAUCAUUAUCCAUAUAUCCUUAGGAAACUCCAUGACAGCAACGGAGGCUUUCACGCUGAUAUCUCUGUUGAAUGUGAUGAGAGUCGUUCUGGGACCAACGCCAUUUGCUGUAAGGAUGUUAGCCGAAUCUAACGUAGCCCUGCAUCGUCUAAAGGAAAUCAUGAUUCUGGAAAGGAUGAGGCCGAACGAGGUGCUAGAAGAUGACAGUGACAACAUGGUGGAGAUAAAAGGUGGUUCGUUCGGCUGGGAUGCUAUCAAAACUGAGAAUUCAGAAGAGAUGGAGAGGGGACCAAGAAAGGGACGCAACAAUAAAGAUGGGAAAGACGAAUCGGAGAAGAGAGUAGAAAAUGGUAAAAACCAAGAUAAAGGUAUAAAAUCAGAUCAUUCUAAUUCAUCGAAUGGCCACCUGACUUCGGAAAAUGGCGUAUCGAGCUUUAAGUCAGCCAAAAUCACACCAGCUCUUUUUGAUCUCGACUUCAAACUCAAGAAGGGGACUUUGAAUGGUGUAUGCGGUCUGGUCGGAAGCGGUAAAUCAUCUCUCAUCUCCGCCAUCUUGGGUGAAAUGGAGAAGAUCAGCGGAAGUUGCAAGGUCAAAGGUCGAUUCGCGUACGUCGCCCAAGAGGCGUGGAUUUUCAAUGCAACGGUACAAGACAAUAUCCUCUUCGGUAAGAAAAUGGAUGCGAAGCGGUACGACGCGGUGUUGACCGCGUGCAGUCUCAAAACGGAUAUGGAGAUACUCAUGGAUGGCGAUCAGACAGAGAUCGGCGAGAGGGGGGUCAACCUUAGUGGUGGUCAGAAGCAAAGGAUCAGCUUAGCCAGAGCCGUGUACGCUGAUCACGAUGUAUAUCUCCUGGACGAUCCGUUGAGCGCGGUCGACGCCCACGUCGGAGAACAGAUCUUCAACCGCUGCAUCAAGGGCGCCCUAAAGGAUAAGACUGUCCUCUUUGUGACGCAUCAGUUACAGUUUCUUCAGGACUGUGACACGAUCUCGGUCCUGAUAGAAGGGAGACUAGCUGAGAAGGGAACACAUCGUACGCUGAUGGAUGAGGGUGGUGAGUACGCUCGGCUCAUCACAGCGCAUUACACCAAACCACAGGAAGAAGAGCCACCGAAGCCUGAGGAACCGAUGUCACCAAGACUUAAACGACAGAUCAGUCGUCAUAAAUCAAUCAGUCGAAGCGUGACUAGCGAGGUGGAGGGUGAGAGUAUGAAUUCAAUCGAAGAAGUUGGACAGCUGACCAAGGCAGAGGAGACUGGCGAUGCUAAGCUGAGCUGGAAAUCAUAUCACGGAUAUAUUAAAGCGAUGGGUGGAUAUUUUAAUGCUAUCGUGAUCGUCGUAUCAUAUUUCUUUGUGAUUGGUCUGUUGACGGCGAACACAUGGUGGCUUAGUUAUUGGAUUGAAACCAGUUUGAACAGACCAUACAAUGAGACUCUGGGUGAUCCUAUACCAACUCUCGUCAAUGAUCCUAGAUUAGGGUUCUACAUGGGAAUCUAUGGUGGAUCAUUGUUGGUCAUCUUGAUCUUGGCAUUACUCAAGAGCGUUGUCUACUCAAAGUUAACGAUGCGAGCAUCAUCCAGAUUACACAACACACUCUUCAGUAAAGUGCUGAGAAGUCCAAUGAGUUUCUUCGAUACAACCCCGACUGGAAGAAUUCUCAACAGGUUCUCGAAGGAUAUGGAUGAGUUGGACGUCUUGCUCCCGAUCAACCUCGAAUUGUCUUUGAUGAGCCUCUCGUUGAUCACCGCCUCUCUCUUAACCAUCUCCGCGGUCUUCCCGUACUUCCUAGCCGCCGUCGUCCCCAUCCUCAUUGUCUUCUAUCUCAUCAUGAACUUCUACCGGAGGGGCGUCAACAGUCUGAAGCAAAUCGAGAACGUUAGCCGAUCACCAUGGUUUUCACAUAUCGGCUCGACGGCGAUGGGAUUGACGACCAUCCAUGCUUACGAUAAAACCAAAGAAAUGAUCGAUAAGUUCAUCUACCUUCUCGAUGUCAACGCCCAUCCGAUGAUGUUGUUUCGUAUGGCCAGUCGAUGGGCGGGAGCUCGACUCGAGAUCCUCGUCGUCCUGAUCGUCACCGGGACCAAUCUCAUGGCCGUCCUGACCAAAGGUACUCUUGCGACGUCGACUGCUGGACUUGCAAUCUCGUACGCGAUACAGUUGACCGGUAUGUUCCAGCUUUUAAUGAGCACACUGGCUGAGACGGAAGGAAGAUUCUUCUCGGCAGAAAGAAUACUUGAAUAUAACAGGUCCCUCGAGGAUGAGGGACCGGAAGUGGUGCCGGAUAACCGACCUCCCAAGGACUGGCCAAGUGAGGGUGCAAUCCGAUUCGACAGCUAUCGGAUGAGAUAUCGUGAAGAGCUCCCUCUGGUUCUAAAGAAUGUCAAAUGCAAGAUUCGGGCCGGGGAGAAAAUUGGCAUUGUUGGUCGCACCGGGUCAGGUAAAUCAACGAUCAGCGUGGCGUUGUUCAGGCUCGUAGAAGCCGAUGACGGUCUGAUAACCAUUGACGGUCUCGACAUCAGUACGAUUGGCCUUACCGACCUACGAUCUAAGAUUUCAAUCAUUCCUCAGGACCCAGUACUCUUCAUCGGGACUGUCAGGUACAAUUUGGAUCCGUUUAACGAGCGAAGUGAUAAGGAAUUAUGGGAGGCCCUGGAGCAGGCAUACAUGAAAGAUAAGAUUAGUGUUCUCGAUCAUCAGUUAGAAGCUCCCGUUACCGAGGGGGGAGAUAACUUCUCUGUUGGAGAGAGGCAACUUCUGUGUAUGGCCAGGGCUCUUCUUCGAAAUAGCAAGAUUUUAUUCUUGGAUGAGGCAACGGCAGCCAUUGAUACUGACACUGAUAGCCUGAUACAGCAAACGAUAAGAACAGCAUUCAGUAACUGUACCACUCUUACUAUAGCGCAUCGACUUAAUACAGUACUCGACUCAGAUAGAAUACUCGUCAUGGACGAUGGAAGGGUUGCUGAAUUCGAUUCCCCUUCUACCUUACGAAGCAAUCCAAAUUCUAUCUUCAGUGGAAUGGUGGCUGCAGCCGAGGCACAAAAAGAUGGAAUUGUGGCCUGAAAUCAACGACUACAAUUGGACUAAAUUUGUAUUACUUUGCUUUUGUAUAAUAUUUUCGUAAUAAUCAUAUCAGAUUAUCAGAUAUUGAAUGAUUUUGUGUGAAAAUAAUGGUGCUUUCGAUGAUUAACUAGGGAACAUUGAUGAAAAUGAGAGACCUCACAAAGUUUGUUUUAUUAUUUUAUGAACGAAAUUACUUUGUAAUUGUAAACAUUUGUAGCAAAAGUUCAUUUAAACGCAUUUAAUGAUUAAAAGUUUAUAUAUUUACGGUGUUAUUAUAUAAAGCUUUAUAGAUGUGUAGUGAAAUUGUUAAGAGACUAGGCUGAAAUAAUGGGUGCAAUUUUCCUAUAUGAAUGCCAGUUUAUCCACUUUGGUGUUUGAACUUUAAAUUAAUAUGCUGAUGGUCUCUGUUUGAUGACUGAGACCAUUUAGCAAUUUCUCUUGAUUAUUUAACUAAAAAAAAUGGUAGAUUAUCAUUGUGUGAAUAAAGUGUACAUUAUAGUGGUGAACGCGCCAACGAUGGCCGAGAUCUUCUCGACGGGGGUGGAUAUUUCACCCCCGAUCGACCCCCCCUCCCUGACACGGCUGUAAGAUGGGUAAAAAAUCCUGAAGCGCCAUAUAACAUUGAACAAAAUAAAUCAAGCGUAGAUCUAAAUGCAGGUCUAAAAAGACAACCGUACAUCUUACGACUGGUCUGGGACUCGAUUUUAGAAUAAAAUUUGAUAAAAUUUGAUGUGAAUGUUUUAAACAUGGAACAUCUUACUGUGUUAAAUUCUGAGUCAUCGUACGAAUACUAUUUUCAAAUCUAUGACUGUGCCACCAUCCUUAUCGGAAUAAAAGCGAAUUGAAUGUCCGGUCGUAAUUACGUCAUUAUCAAUCGUACGAUUGCCAAAGAUUUAAAACCGAUUUGACAUUUACUCCGAAAUAAAAGCUUGUAAGAUAUUCCAAAUUCUUAUAUUAGCAUUCUUACAGUUAAUUUGAACUGCAAAAACCAAGGUACAUUUUAUUCACAAUUUCAGGAAAAUAAGCAAAGCGCGAUUUGUCCCAUAAUCGGAUCGUGGACCAGUUGUAAGGUGUGCGGAUGCGUUUAGGCAAA